AUGCGUCGAACAAGGUCCCAUACAGCUCUUUUAUCGAAGGCUGCCACUGCAAAGACGGCGGCAGGAACAACCUCGCCCACCACUGGUCCACCGGCAAAGAAACACAAGACCAAGAAAGCGGAAGAUACAGCUACUGCGACUGCUGUGACAAAGGCUCCGCCUCCAGAAAGAUUACAGCGGCUGCAGAGAGUGAUCAACCCUCUUCGAAAAGUCACAGACUCCGAUACAAGCUUGGAAUUUCCCGCCGUAUCCAGUGCUCCGCGAGGUCAUCCCAAAAUCUACUAUGGACAAAAUGCGCCACUUCCUCGUUGGAGAACUCUGUUGGAUGAUCAAGAUCUCGGCGCACAUAUUGAGAGAGACUUGAUCAGGACACACCCAGGCAGAACCAUCAUCCCAGGGGUGGCACCGAACACCCACCCCAAAGCUCAUGACAAUACUCUUGGGCUUGGAGACCUCAAGUGGAGUUUUGAUCCAGGUCCAGCUUCAGUCUGGGGCAAUUUGACAGGCCAAGAGCUUUACGCGUACGCGCAUGGACUUCUUAUGGUGGCAUUGCAAUGUAAACACUCUCGCCGGCAGUUGGGCUAUGCUAUACGCAAUGAACAAUACGCAAGCUUGGUUGCCAAUGUCGAGGAUCCAGUACCACCCCCACCGCGCUUGGAUCCCUCCGGUGCAGUGGCUCCACUCAGUUCGACCCUCAAUCGAAUCCUGGCUUCUACAAAAGCACUCAAGACGAAGGACCAAACGUUCCCUGAUGACGACAAACAUGGGCGCCCGGAGCUCAAGUAUCAGCCGGACCAGGACGUGUCCGAUAAGGAAAAGGAUUUUCCCAUUGCUUCAGUAAUGAAGAAGAAUAUGAAAGGAACGCUGGGACCCGUCGACCAGCAGGAUCCUUCCCUCGACCCGGUUGCUGUGCUAGAGGUCAAAGCUACUAAGAAGCGGCUUCCCACACGUACAAAAGCAACCAAGAAGGGAUCCAAGAAGGAAUCCAAGAAGACAACCAAGCAGGCAGCUGUAAAUGACGAUAAGCAGCAGACACACAAAGGCGCGGGGGCCCGGGAUAUUGGAUCUGAGGAGAAGUUGCACAAUCGCCAUGGCACGCCCGCGAACCAGCCCGUGAGUCCAAUCAUCCUCGCUCCAGAGGAAAUAUACCUUAUGUUGGAUAAGAUUUCAGAUAUUAACAGAGCUCGUUCUCAAGUGGAAGACAUGCACAGAGCAAAAGCCCAACAAGAUGGACAAGCUCAACAAACUGGUAGUGGCAAAGACGCAGACAAAUACCCAUUUCAGCCUCCCGAUGCAGGUUCGACUCAAACAGCAGAGAGCUCCACCGCCCUCAAUGGAGAGCCCGUGCGAGAAAUAGACAAGAUCUUGUUCCCGCCUGAGAAGCCCGACGAAACUACCAAGUAUCUCCAGAUGUGCAAUGAGAUCGUCGCGGAUCCCGAAGCGCGCCGGAAACAUUAUCCCGACGUUGAGGCCUUUCGUCGAAUCCGAACAUGGGCUGGUGCUGUAAUUCCUGAAAAGGUCGAAACUCAUGUCAAGGCAAACUUCGUCAAGGUUCCUACAGCCAACAGGCCAUUUACGAAUAUGAAGAGGCCGCGGGAGGAGAUUUGA